GAUAUGGCUGCCUUAAUUUUCCUGGUGAUUUGCAUUGUGCAAACCUUUGCAGAGAGACGGGUUUUACUGAAUGAUCCAGACUUACUCCAGUCUCAGAUUCAUGCACUAGAGAGGAAAGUGGAGGAUGUUGUAGCUAAAUACACAGACCUGUCGGCCAAAUACAACACAUUACUGACCAAAACAAGCGCUGGUGGAAUAUUUGUACGAUGGGGAAGAAAGGAUUGUCCCGGAAACAAUACAGAACUGAUUUAUUCGGGAUUUACUGGAGGUUCUUGGUGGGACCACACCGGAGCCGCCGCUGAAUUCGUUUGUCUACCACGAGACCCAGACCUCACCACAAAGUUUUCGUCAAGCGUUGCAUUCAUGUAUGGAUCAGAGUACGACUCAAGUGCUGAUUUUGGCCAUGACACAGGCAAUGACCUCCCCUGUAGUGUCUGUCGUAGCACGGUAGAGUCCAGCGUUCUGAUGAUUCCUGGUAAAUCCUCUUGUUAUGAUGCCUGGAGCAUGCAGUAUCAUGGGGACCUCAUGGCCGGAGAUUACGUACAUAAGGCAGCGUCCCAGUAUAUUUGCUUAGAUAAUCACCCAGAAAAGCUAGUUGCAGGACAAGAUGACCACGAUGGAAAACUUUUCUACCCAGUUAAAGCAGUAUGUGGGUCAUUAGCCUGUCCACCAUACCACAAUGGCAGAUACUUAACUUGUGUUGUUUGUACCAAAUAA